AUGAAGCUACGCAUCCCAUUGCCUCACCUACGAGUCUCGCAGGGCGAGUCUGCUUUCGCAGCUGGCAAUGCACGCUGGACAAACCAUGAUCUCGACCCUAUCCCCAAAGAUAACCGCAAAUGGGGCGUUAAGAGUAUCAUAGCCUACUGGAUCUCCGAUGCCUUACACGCAUCGACAUGGCAAUUCGCCAGCGGUAUGAUUGCUGUCGGACUCACAUAUCGCGAAGCCAUGGGCAUCGUCGCCCUCUCCUUCUUCAUCAUAUCCUUGGUCAUUGCCGCAAACGGUGCCGUGGGUGCUAUAUACCAUGUUCCAUUUCCCGUUAUUGCUCGUGCUAGUUGGGGCUUCUGGGGAUCCUAUAUCGCGAUCAUCUCUAGAGUGAUCCUUGCCGUUUUCUGGUUCGCUAUCCAAAACGUCAAUGGAGGAAAUGCUAUCCGUGUUAUGAUUGGAGCAAUUUGGCCAAGCUACUUGAACCUUCCGAAUCAUAUACCCGAAUCGCAGGGUAUCACAACCAACGGUAUGGUCGCGUUCUUCCUCUUCUGGUUGAUCCAAGUGCCAUUCCUUUGCAUGCAUCCCAAUCGUCUUCGCUGGCUAUUUACUGUCAAAUCAAUAAUUGUUCCCAUUGCCUGGAUUGCUAUGCUGAUAUGGGCAUUUGUCUCCGUGAAAGGCGGGGGUGGCGUAUUCGCCCAACAGGCCCCAACCGUCUCAGGAUCGAAGUACAGCUGGUUAUUCCUUGCCAAUAUGACCUCUGUGCUGGGAAACUACGCCACCUUGAGUGUCAACCAAUCAGACUUCUCUCGUUAUUCCCGCAUCAGUCCUCGCUGGCAGCUUCUUUAUAUCCCAAUGCUACCUAUCAUCUUCACAUUCUUUUCGUUCAUUGGCGUCGCCUGCUCGUCCGCAGGCCAAGCCCACUACAACCUCUCGUCCAUCCCAUGGGAUCCAAUGGUCCUCAUCAGCUACUGGCCCAAUCGCGCAUGUCGCUUUUUCGGCGCAUUUUCAUUCGCACUAGCCUCCCUGGGUGUCAACAUCUCAGCCAAUUCUCUUUCAGCGGCUAAUGAUUUCACCGCACUCCUACCGCAAUAUAUCAAUAUCCGCCGAGGCCAACUCCUAUGCGCGUUCCUAUCAUGGUGUCUUGUCCCCUGGAAAAUCCUCGAGUCCGCAGGAAACUUCCUCACAUUCAUGUCCGCCUAUGCUAUCUUCCUUGCUCCCAUUGCAGCAAUCAUGAUGUGGGACUUCUGGCUUGUCAAUCAUCGUCGGUACGAUAGCCUGGCUCUGUACCAACCGAAGAACCCGAUAUAUCGCUAUGAGUUCCGGCUCCCGGGUAUGUCCGGCAAAACCAUGUAUGGCACGAACUGGCGCGCAGUGGCUGCUUUCCUCGUGGGUGUUGCACCCAAUCUUCCUGGAUUGGUCAAUGCCGUGAACCCCAAUAUUGAUAUCGGUGCUGGUGUCCAUCCGUUUGAGUUUGGGUGGCUGCUGGGCUUUGUUGCAACAUCGAUUGUUUAUGUGCUGUUGUCAUGGCUAGUUCCUGCGCGGGAAACUCAGAUCCCACGCGCGGUUUAUUGCGAAGAGAUAUAUAACGAGAGAAGCACGGUCGUGGAAGGACUGGAAGCAGAUAGUUUGGAUAGGAAGGAUGCGGUUUCUUAUACACUGGAGAAACAUGAUGUGGAGAAGAAUGCCUAG